GUACCUGCUGCUCUCACUGCUCAAAUAUUAACAACGGGAUUGUGGGAGCCGAUGCCGCUGCUUUGGGACAAGCCCAAACUGUGGAGGCAGCUGGGCUCAGUGGUCUGUGGACAGGCAGUCUGCCGCUGCUGCUGCUGCUGGAGACACGGCUGCAUCUAAAAGUGUGAUGGAGGAGGAGGUCACAGAGCCCGAUCCCCAGGCGGUGGAGCCCACCGGCUCGCCUCCACCGGGGACGCACUUUGAGGUAAAUGGAGACUUGCCAGGGAACCCUUACCUGAGGGACGGGACGGAGGAUGUGAUAGAGAGUCCGGCGAGGGAGCCUGAUGUGCUGCAGUAUCCUGCUGAGUACAGUCAGAGCCAGCAGUACGGGGAGAAGAUGCCGUUCCACCAUGUGACGGCAGGUCUGCUCUACAAGGGGAACUACCUGAGCCGCUCGCUGUCGGACAGUGACAGCGACGUGCUCGCCAGCAUCUCUGUGGAGGAGCUCGACGAAAUCCGGGAGGCGUUUAAGGUCCUGGAUCGAGACGGAAAUGGGUUCAUUUCCAAACAGGAGCUGGGCAUGGCCAUGCGCUCUCUGGGUUACAUGCCUAGUGAGGUGGAGCUGGCCAUCAUCAUGCAGAGACUAGACAUGGAUGGUGAUGGACAGGUUGAUUUCAACGAGUUCAUGACGAUCCUCGGACCCAAACUGCUGUCGUCUGAAACCAGAGAGGGCUUCCUGGGCAGCACAAUAGAUACCAUCUUCUGGCAGUUCGACAUGCAGAGGAUCACGCUAGAGGAGCUCAAACAGGUCCUGUUUUAUGCCUUCCGCGAUCACCUGACCAUGAAGGACAUUGAGAACAUCAUCAUCAACGAGGAAGAGAGCCUGAAGGAAAACUCUGGGAACUGUCAGACAGAGUUUGAAGGAGUUCACCCUUCAAAGAAGAACCGUCAGACGUGUGUGAGGAAGAGCCUCAUCUGCGCCUUCGCCAUGGCAUUUAUCAUCAGCGUCAUGCUCAUCGCAGCCAAUCAGAUGCUGAGGAACGGCAUGGAGUAGCUGCUCCCACUGCAAGCGGGAAACCAGCCAGCCUGCAUGUGCAUGCCAGUGGGUGAGGUCAUAUCCCUGCUGAUUGGACUACAUGGAAUAACACCCAAAAGAAUCAGAGACAUAUCCAUUUUUUGAAAUUACUCUUAGUUUUUUGAACGACUUGCACCUCUCCACCUGACGUUCAAUGAAACAGUGAAGCCAGCAUGAGGAGUCAUGCAGCACUCCUCCCCCUUUACUCUGACAGGGACAACCAAGGGCUGACAUUACGCAUAACAAUUUGUCCUGUCUGUUUCCCUGAUGCAAUAAAAAAUGUUAGAAAAAGAACUACGCUCAGUGCAGGAGUUCAGAGCUACUGGAGAGAUGUGAGGUGUGUUUCUGCAGAUCGGUCACCCACUAUGAGUCUGAUGAGCUGCAGCCUGGGAGGCAAUGAAAGGACGGGAACAAUCACCCUCUUAUUAUGUUUCCUGGAAGGACGAAGGCUGAGCUCAGCGCCACUCGAGCAGAAGGAUCUGUACGUGUCGGGCCACAGCUCCUGGAGCUCUCAUGGUGCUACGAUACUUCUCCAAUUAUCUCUGUUAGUGUCUGUGUCUGUGGGCUGGUAUGAGGUGCUGGCAUCAGUUCAUCAGUCCUACAAUCCAUGCAGGAAAGUGAAGAAAACAUGAAAGGGUUACUCCAGACUUGAGCUUUGGCUGGGUGAUAUUCAUUAAUGAAUCUUGGAUGAUCUGGACACUGCUGGGGGAACACUGUUCAAAGUGCAGGGAUGAGGUUUCCACGUCCUGUGGAUGAAAAUUCACUUUUUCAAUACACUCUCAUCUUAAUUUAAAGGAACAUUCACACCAAGAGUUAUUCUGGAGUCAGAUUGAAGUCAUUAUUGCUCUCAUGCAUUUUCAAAAAUGGCUGCAGACAACCUCAGAGGAAGUGUGAACCCACCACAUUCACCUGUUUAUUAAUGCAUGGAGGAUUAAAAAAGGGAGUAGUGAGGAAAAUAGCAAAACUGCAAGAAGAUUUCAGGUUCAAAGUCCUAACUUGAGGGUUUUCUACUCUCACAUAUGUCACUCCUGUUGCACAAUUUUGCUUCACGUCUGCAAACAUUUCACUCACACCACUCUGUAAGGUCUUUUUAAUGAAAAAGCUAACACGUUUGGUCAUUAAAUUAACAAUUCAUAUUUAAAUUUAGUCACUCUGAAGCAAAACUGCUAACAUCAAAGUGUCGGUUAUGUGAUAUUUUAGCUGUUAUCAUUACAUUUGGUUAAAUUUGAGCUUGUCUUGUGUGUUGGCUGACAUGAUUCAUGUUUACAACAGUUAAAUACAUUUAGUUUGAAUCAUUAGACGACACGUUCAUUAAAAACUUUCAUGCAGUGGUUCAAAGAUGCAUCUUAACAUUUUGAUUCCUGCUGAAGUCAGCUCUGAACUCCUGCUCUCUCAUCUCCACAUAUAACCCCAGCCAGGGGCCACACACACACACACACACACCUACACACACACAUAUUAUCAAGAGCAUGCGAUCAAGUCAGUGUCUGCUGUAAAUAAUGUAACCCAUGUCUAAAUAAGUGUCUCACGUCUGUCAGGGGUGUACACGAUCCCCUCUAUAUGUGCAUGUUUGUUGGUGCUCUCUGCUCACUCGGGUUGCAGGGAUGCAGGGAGGGAGAUCAGCAGCUGGAGAGAGGCGACUGCUACAUCACAAAAAGAAGCAGGCAGUGGAGACCCUUUCUGCUCCCUCCUAAACCCUCCUGCCAAAGCCAUAAAACUCUGCAGAGGUGAACCAGACGACACAAUACUGAUGCUUUUUCUCUGUCCUCAUGAAAACACGAGAUCAAAGCUGCAUUUCUGGGCAGAACUGUGUCGCUCAUGAAUGAUUCGGUUUGUUCCUGUCGAUGUUUUGCACUGAAUCUGUCCCCCUGUCCAUAAAAAUAACAAGGGAGGGCUGAAGGAGUGUGCAAGAGUGCCCCCUAGAGGUGAAGAGAGAUCACAUCCUCCAUGCUGGUCUCCGUCACAGUGUUUGUGUGUUUGUUCCUCUGUAAUCACCACAGAAUGUGACCGCAGACAGGGUGAGAUGUUUGACAACAUUGGUCUUAAUGUGAGGAUUUUAUGUCUGCUGUAAAGGUUGACUUUGAUCGGCCAUCAGCAGGUAGAGCAGCACUUGUAUGUAAACACAUAAUUAAAGACACAGUGUAUUUAUAGGGACAGAUUUCUUGUCUGUAAAAGGUUCAGACUGAGCAAAGAGCAGUCUGCUUCACCUUGUAGGUCACACUGAAUUUGUUUUAAUUUUUAAAAGACACACUGAUUGACAUUUUGUUCUAUUUUGAUUCAUCAGUCUCUCAGUAUUUGUGAAAACGCACCACCAAAUUAAAAGCUAGUCACUGCUGUCAUGUGGUGGUCGACUGGAAAAGAGCUUAUGAUUUAGUUUCUCUGUCUUUGGGUUUCUUGCGUUUAAGUUAAAGUUUCUAUCGUUACUCUUGAACUGAACUUAAACCGCCUGGGCCCUGCAGAAUGGUUGCAUGUCUCCAUCCCAGAAAUAGACUUUUAUUUUGGAGGUGAAGUGCACAGUGUGUCAGUAGCAUGGUGAUUGGAUCCCACAUGUUUGUUUUUUUUGUUAUGUAACUUUGUACAUAGCUAAUAAGAUAGCAUAUCUACUAGACAAGCACACACUAAACAUUGUUUGCAUGUGCGAUAUUUAAACAUGUAGAUUAGAGACAGAUUUUAAGUUGUAAUAUUUAUUAGAGGAGUAAUAAUUAUGAAGUUGUAAAUAUGGAAACUUGUACAAUGGUGAAAGGAUUAAGCAUUGAGGCAAUAAAACUGUGUUUUUUUUUAAA